AUGCCGUGGGCAGGCGGCAGCCACGCGGCCUGCGUGGACCUGGCCGGGCUCUGCGGGAAGCUCUGGGAGCCCACAGCGGAACAGCAGCUGUCCCGACUCUCGCCCCUCAGUGGCGACGGCCCGCAUGCGCGCCAGCAGCGCGCGUCCCUGGUGCACCUGAAUCGCCUGCGCUACCAAGCACACCCCACAGCCAUGCACUGCGCACGCGGCGGCGCCCUCAGCAGGAGGCGCCCGAACAGCCGCAAGAUGUGCAGCGCAAGGACGCCCGUCGACGCGCGUGCCCUGACCAAGAAGCUCGACAGGACGGCCUGCCACCCCGCCGCCCGCGCCGUCCUGGGCAGCCUGCUGCUCUACGUCUCCAGCCGGGAGGACGGGCCCCCGGCGGCCGGGGGCUGCAGGCCGAGCCGCCAGCCCGAGUCCCAGGAGGCCACCCGGCGGCCCACGCGCUUCCAGCUCCUGCAGGCCAAGUUCCUGGGCGCCGGCCGCGAGCCCCACCUCAAGCGGACGCGGGAGGUGGGCAGGCUGACCCCCAGGGACAGGCUCGGGCCCGGCUGCAGCCUGGUGAGCGCCACCAUCAACAAGCUCCUGGACAAGACCAAGGAGAGGGCCGGCGGCCUCCCCGGCGAGAAGCCCCGCCGCAGCCCCCCCACCGGCAAGAGCGCCGUGAAAAACAUCCUGAAGAAGUUCUUGGCCGCGGAGGAGAAGGAAGCGCAGGAGAAGGCGGCCCGAGAGAGGCCCCCGGCGGAGCGGCCCAGAGCCCCCAGGGGCCUCCUGCCGAAGGUCGUGGGCACGAGCUCGGUGCUGUCCAAGCUGCGCGAGAAGUUCGAGCAGAGCGCCUGCCUCUGCUCCGAGGCCGGCCUGCUGCCGCUGCACGGCGGGGCGCGGAAGAAGAGAAACCUGCAGCGGCGGAAGAUGCACAGGCCGGAGGUGCGGGUGCUGCACACGGCCACCAUGGCCAGCACCUGCGUCAGGACGCCCCUCGCCCGCUUCCUGGCCUGCACGGCCGAGCCCCUGCCGGCCCUCGGCGUGGCCACCGUCGUGUGCGGCCCCAGGAGCUGGCUGUCCCGCUGCUCCAAGAUCAGCCACGCGGGUGCCAGGCGCCAGCCCGGAAGAGAAGGUGCCCUGCGCCCCGACGCAGGGGAAGCAGAGCCCAGCGGGAAGGGGCCCCUCCAGGGGGAGCCCAGAGAACAGCCCCAGGCCACGGCUCAGCGGGGUGGCCCUGCUGCUGCCGACACAGCCCUGCCCUGUGUGGGGCCGGACUCCCCCACGCUCCCUGGCCACCUGUCCGCGCUGUCUCUGCCGUCCCCACUGGGGUUGGCCGGCCGAAGGGGUGACGGGACGGUGCGUGCCACAGCGGGGAGUGCCAUGGAUGGCUCCUGGGAGGUGGGGGACGCGAGAGCCGCGGGGCCGCUGGGCGAGGGCGCGGCGGAGGCCCCUGAAGUCGCCAUGACAGUUUGCAGCUCAGAGGAUGAGAUGCCAGACUCGGAGAGAGACCCCCUCUUUGCCACGCAGAAGUAUUUCCCAGAACAGAACGGGCCGCGGCACAUCCCCCCGCUCUACGCGCCAGUGGUGCGGGCCGCGCGGCGAGCGCAGCCUGCCGUGGAGUCCCCGCGGAUCACUGUGCAGCGCCCGGUUGUCCACGAGAUGCCACCCGCUCCUGCCUCCCUGCACAACGCACCGCCUGGUGGAGACGCGCGUCCCCGCGUUGGGGGAGGGGACACCGUGGUUGAAAACGCACAGGCGGCGUCUCCCGUGGUGGCUGGGCACAGAGCGGCGGGCAGAGCUGCCGCGGAGCUGAGCGAGCCUCCCGGGGCCCCGGCAGGACCCCAGACCUCUUCCAGGCGGGGGGCACAGGCUGACCCGAGCCCUGCACACCCUCCAGGUGCUGCUGGUGCCGACGGCAGCAUCCCAGACGCGGCUCCGAUGCAGAGACCCCCCCGAAAUCCUGCCGGCGGAAAGGAAGGCAGAGGCAGCUUCGAGAGUCCAAACAGUCCCGAGAACCGCAAGGAUAUUUCAGCAGAGAGCCCGUGUGAGCUCCGUGAUGCGGGGUGCCCGGGGCCGGAGUCGCGUGCAACCCCAAAGCCUGGUGAGGGCCCCUCAUUGCACGACCCCACAACACGGAAAGGUCACCUAGGAAGAAACAGCUGCGGCCCCUCGGGGGGUCAGCACGCGCCAUCCCCCGGCGAGAGUGGUCUGACCGGCGCCCCCACGUCGCAGGCGGCUCCACCCGGGGGGCGUGUCGGGCCUGAGGGCUUCGCCACGAGGGGCUCGGACGUCCUGCACCGGCAGGAGCAGGGCCAGUGGCCGCCGGCCGCAUCUGCUCAGCCCCUGCAGGUUGCCCGGGGAAACGCCAGCCCUGACUGUGGCAAGAACACGGGGUCGUCCUUCGACGGACGGCCCAAGGCAAGCGUCAGAGCGCCCAGGGAGAUGGCAGGUGCGGCGGGCGUGGCGGGUCACGCUCCGGGUCACGCACCGCCGUUGCCAGCGAACGGCCGGCUCCCUGAGCACCCGGGGGACGAGGACGGGUGCGGAACACCAGCAACAGGUCUUCGUGCUGCGGAGGGGGGUGGCCUCCGGGGACAGUGUCUCCCUCAGGAACCCAACGACCGCCACGUGUGGGCCCCGGGUGGAGCUGCGGAAAGGAGCGUCUUCCACGGCCAGGCGGGGGCCCCGGCCCCCCACGCGGAGGGAGCCGCCCGCUCUUCCCCGGUGCCGUGUGCAUCCCAUGAGUCCGCAACACGCAAAAGCGACGCCGCAGUGGGAGGCGGAAAUCACGGAGCUGGGGCAGGACGUCCUCCAGGUCGUGGCGCGGAGCCCGCAGUUCCAGCCUCCACGUGUCGCAGGCCGUGGGGAGCGAGCCCAGCGGGGCCCAGCCUCGGCCCAGGCGAGCUGCCGUUGCCUGCCGAGAACCAGCUGACCACACGCAGAGAGGGCGCCGAGUGGGAGAAGCAGCUUCCUUCGGGGACAGAGCUCGCCGGCCCACCUCCCACAGCGCCGACCACAGAGGCAGAGGCCAGGCGGGCGGGGUGGGCCCAGCAGCGCAGCCCCCCUGACGCCCGGGCUCGCCAGCCCCCCGCCCGCCGCACCCCCGAGGCCCAGAGCCCAGGGAGUGAAGCCCAGGGGUGUCGGCCAGCACAGGCAGGCCCCGUGCUCGACUCCCAGUGGGGGCAAGAAAGUCGGCCCGCACCCGGGAGAGCUGCCUCAGGGUGUGUGAGGUCGCGGCAGACGCCGCAGCCAGCUGUCUCUGGGAGGCACACAGCGCCCUUGGGCCCGGAGGUUGUGCAGAACGUGGCAGAGCAGCCUCGGGCGCAGCUACGGUCAGCCCAGGACCCGGCCACAGAGGUGGAGAGCCCCCGCCCCCCUAGCCACAGAGGUCAGGCAGGUACACUGGGGCCGUGGGCGGAACAGGUGAGGAGCCCAGGUCAGGGACAGGGCACCUGGGCUGCCAAGACCUCAGACACAGCUCCAGGGAGCCCUGAGGAGCUGGGAAGCCUGGCUGCCCAGGGACAGCCCCAGGGACAGGUCCAGGGACAGCCCCAGGGACAGGUCCAGGGACAGCAGGUCCAGGGACAGGUCCAGGGACAGCCCCAGGGACAGGUCCAGGAACGGCCCCAAGGACAGGUCAAGGGACAGGUCCAGGGACAGGUCCAGGGACAGUCCCAGAAGCAGCCCGUUGUGGGCGCAGCUGGAGGAACACCUGCUGCGGGCAGGAGUGGGGGACGGGGAAGACCUGCCCCCAGAGAGGAUGGCCAGGGGGACCCUGCUGCCCCACACCUGCCCCAAGGAAGCCAGCCCCCCAGGGGCGAGAGCAGCGCGGCCCCUGCUCUGGAGCCCACGAACGGCUCUGCCGAGCCCACGCCCAGAGCUGGGGGCUGCCAGGGCGCCUGGGCCGAGGGCCAGGGGGCGCUGCUACGCAGGCCGGGGGCGCAGAGGGGGGAGCUGGCUGUGUUGGAGCAGGAGCGGCGCAGAAAGCCGUUGCCCCUGGCCAAGUACAGAGCCCAGAGCUUCAGCGACCAGAGGUCCUUCGAUUUGUCCUUCAGACCAGCGAGCCUCAGAGCCAGUGACACCUUCGACCUCCCCAAGUGA